AAAAAUGUUAGUAAUGUUAGUUCGAAUAUGGCUACUGAAUUCAAUAUCAGCUGAUUGCAAAUUCCGCAAUCCAAAUAUUGCACAACAUUGUACAUAUUAACUCCUCCCACAAAGAAAAAAGUAAUUGAAAUGAUCUGGACUCUAGUAAUGGAGCUGUAGUCCAAUAUGCUUUCACCACUAGACACCAAUCUCUGCAAGCAAUUAGGAAAGCAUGUGGAAACUCUUACACACACUGGGCAGAAAAUAUUGGACAAAAAUACACUGAAGAAGUUAAAGAAUAUUUGCAAGAUAUCUGAUGGCUAUGUGGAACAUGUUUACCAUUUACUUAUUUAUCAACUUGAGAAAGCACAUGCUGAGAUACGAUUCAGUGCAUUUCAAGUUUGCAACGAGCUCUUUAGGAAGUCGCACUGUUUUCGAGAGCUGCUGGUUUCUAACAUGCAGCACGUGAUGGAAUUGACAUGUGAAACUUCCUCUGAUCGACCACUUCCUCUGCCUAGAUCUGUUGCUCUAAGUCUUAAAUAUAUGGCACUGCAGUGCAUAAAAGAGUGGAAUACGGAGUAUGGCGAUGGAUAUAAGAAACUACAGCUUGGGUAUAAUUUCCUUAAACACUGCAAGAAGGUGGAUUUUAAUGCAUUACAAAUUGAAAAUUCAAUGGAACAAAUGAGGCAGCAGGAGCACGAAAGAAGACAAAAUCUGAUAAAUCAGGAAAAGCUGAAAAAAGUAACAGCAGAAAUAAAUGAUAUGCUACCUGAAAUAACAAACACACUUACAGCAAUUGAGAACUGCAUUUGUCUGCUCUUUCCAACACCCGAAGAUUUCUUUAUUCAAGACAGAAAUGAAGAUGAAAUUGUAUCCACAAGCUCUGAUAAAAAACUUGGCCCCACAAAAUGUCUUAUUACAAAAGAAACUGAAGAUGUUAAGAACAAUGAAGAAUAUGGUUUGGAUCAGAAAGACAGAUUAAAUAUGAAUGAUAGAAAACUUGAACAGAAUAGAAAUACUGUAAAUAAAGGAACUGAUAUGCCAUCCACAAGUAGACCACGAGAUGAUAAUACGGAGGAAGAAAAUUCAGACUUCGGAAGUGAGACAUCAGAGUCUGAGGAAGACAUUGAUUUUCGAGAACAUGGAAUGCUUAACUCAAAAUACAGCAUUGAAGUGAAUGUAAAUACAGAUUCUGCAUCAAUUAAGGAGACAGCUGAUAAUGCUGCUAUCUUUGAAAAUGCACAAGAUUUGUGUACACUUAUCACCAACAGAUUUAUACCAACUGUUAAAAAGUGGAUACAAGUUAUCACCAAAGCAUCAGGAAGCUCAGAUGAGCUGAAGAGGAUUUUAGAUCUAAAGAAUUCACUUGAAAAAGCAACGAAGAAGUACGCGGAAUUAAGACAUCACAUUGUAGCCAAUGAUGCAAGCAGUUCAUCUGAUUCAGAUUUUGAAGAAGUUGAAGAGAAACAUGGUUAUGAGAAAACAGUAAAUGAAAAUGCUCCAUUACCUGGUCCGUCGACAGGGACGGUGUUUGGGACAAAGAAAUUUGACAAAAAAGCAAGAAACCAAUCCAAUUGGAUUAUAUGGUCAGAGGAAAACAGUGAAAUGGAUCCCACAUCAGCUCAAUCAACUUUGUCUGUCUUAAAAUCAGCAAAUCCAGCAAUGGCAAAGCCUCCAAAAAAAGUAACUACUGACAGUAUAGUAGCAUCCCAUUCCAAAAAUGAGACAGCAACAAGAGAGUCUGCGCAGAAUGUAAACGCUAAUAGAAACGAACCAGUGCCUUCAACAUCAAAAGAUAAUACAGAGUCCACCUCAGAAGAAGGCCGGAAAGCAAAGUUAUUAGCUGUAGCUCCAAAACUUCCAUAUGAUAUUGAUCUAUAUCACUGGGAGGAUGAAAAAAUUCAAGCUCCUACGAUGGUUGCAGUUAGGGCUGAAGGCUCCAGGUUCUGGCAUUCUUCUUUAGAAGAGCUAGAAGAGGUACCAGUGCCUGAUGGUAUACCAAGUUUGAGGACCAGAGUAAUUGAGUUUGCUGGUAAAUUUGAACCAGUCCAGUGGACUUGCAGAGCACAACUACCCAGUGGAAAGCUUUGUCCACGUCGAGAUCGAUUUAAGUGCCCUUUCCAUGGUCCAAUAGUUGCAAGAGAUGAAACUGGAAAGUGCACCAAACCAGAAGAUGAUGAAAGAAUUGCAAAAGCAGAGGACGACAAAGCAAAAGAAUGCCCAGACUGGCAAGACCCACAGCUGCUUGAAGAUAUUAAACAAGCCACUGGAGUAGAUCUAAAAAUGCCAGAGACAAGAAAAAGAAAAGGCAACAAGAAAAGAAAGCAGUCAGACAAAAAUAAAUACCCUGGACUCACCGACAUAAAUGCCAAACAAAACACGACAUAUACCAGACUCUCCAAGAAGAUUUUUAAAAAGGGUGCAGUGAAACGAGUUUCCAGAGCAAUGGAUGCAGCAGAUCACAAGCGGUUCCGGGAUAAAUAUGGAGACCAAUUUCAUUAUAUGUAUAACACUGUAUAAUGAAGGCAGAGCAUAAAUCUUAACUCAUAAAAUACGUAA